AUGUCGGAACACGGUGUCACGUCCUAUCGUCCUAUCGCGCCUAAGGCAGCCAAGGAAGAUGAGGCUCGAGACCCUCCCCCGGUUCCCGAGAGUGGAAAGACACGGCGAGCGUCCACCGCGUGCUAUGAGUGCCAGCGGCUGCGAACAAGGUGCACCAUAAAAGAUACAGGAAUACCUUGCACCCAGUGCCGUGUUCACGGUCGUUCUUGCGAGGUCAAUGAGUCCAAGGACAAGCGCCGCAAGGCCGAACAAAAGCGUACCGAGGAACUCCUGAGGGUCUAUAAGAGCCUGAUAAAUGGCUUGAUGGAGAUCAUACGAAUCGGAGACGGGGAGCUAACCCGGGAAGUCCUGUCUAGGAUGAGGCAGCCCACCGGGCUCAUCGAGCUUCAAGACCUCCUUAGCGAGUAUGUGACGCUCGCUGUACCUGAGGAGGAGGAGGGCGAGGAGGAGGAGGAGGAGGAGGAGGUCGAGGACGAGGUGAUAUCUGAGCUCGAAAGCGACGAGUCCGAUGAAGAGUCAGACACCAACUCUCUCGAGAGCCCGUCGAUGAACGAACAAAACCUCUAG